CACCCAACAUCUCGUAUUUGUUUUGCUUGUUUCUCUUUUGUGUGCCCCACUUACUUUUGCUGCUCCCCAUUCCCCCCAUAAAAAAAUAGAAACUUGAAUUAAGCUGCGGACAAAUGGUGCUGCAACAAAUCAAAAUGCUCCUAUUGGGCAUCAUAACGCUCUGCCGGCGUGCACUCUGCUGCUUCUCGCGACGCCGCAAGCUCAGCCACGGCGGCAGCGACCAGCUGCAAGCGAUCACAAUUGGCGACUUUCCAUCAACAACAAAGCCGGCAGGAACAACAACAACGGGCGGUGGCGGCAAAGAACGUGACUGGAACUCCUGGGAUGACAGUCCGCGCACCGUGGAGGAGCACAUUGAGCAGUAUCGCCAGCGCAUGGCACAGCCGCCAACACCGCCGAAAGAGGAGCCCGAGCCGGACUUCUUCAGUGAACUGACGCCGGACAUCAAGCCGCAGCCUAAAUAUUACCUGGACGAUGCGGCGCCGAAGCCAGCGCCAACAGAUUUCUCCAGACUGAAGGCUCACGACAUGGUGCCCAUCAGUGUCAAUGCUGAUCUCGAAGACUGGGUGGAUGACAACUCUGGCGGCUGGGAGGAGCUGGACACAUCGCAGACCAAGCAAAUGAUAAGGGAGAAACGUCGCGAGAUGCGCCAUCAGCGCCAGCCGCCGGCUAAGGCGCCGCAGCCGAGCAUCGGCGCCCAGCGGAUUAGCGAUUUGCAGCGCAUUGCGUAGUCCUGAUGGCCACAAACCGUCCUCUGCUAUACGAUCCAUUCCAUGGUCCACUUGUAAUUUUAUUGAAAAGUCUGCACACACACACACACACACACACUUUUAGUUACCAAUUGGCCUUAGUUUAAUGACCCCCAUCUUAAGCUGUUCGCCCUGGUUGGCCACAAUAAAACGCCAGCCACGAACGAA